GAACGUUUCUUCCUCCCUUAAUUUGCUUCCUUCUUUCCUGCAUGUUACCACUGGCAGAGCAAAUAUGACUCAGAAACCGGCUCCUCAGGGUUGUAACAUUAGAUGAUACAGGCUUGGGUCAUUACACAUGACACCAGUGCCUUUGUUUCAUUGGGCUGGGCUCCCUGGAAGGUGUGCUGCUGCCUGAGCUGCUGGAAAACCACUCACAGGUGUUUGCUAGAAAAGCACUCCUGAGCCUUGCCACCAGCUUGGACUUCUAGGGACUUUCCUCUCAGCCAGGAAGGAUUUUGAUAUUCAUCAGAAAUACCUCUGGAAGAUUCAAGAAGCUGUAGAGGUGAAGUAAGCCUGUGAAGGACCAGCAUGGGAAUCCUAUACUCCGAGCCCAUCUGCCAAGCGGCCUAUCAGAAUGAUUUUGGACAAGUGUGGCGGUGGGUGAAAGAAGACAGCAGCUAUGCCAAUGUUCAAGAUGGCUUUAAUGGAGACACUCCCCUGAUCUGUGCUUGCAGGCGAGGGCAUAUGAGAAUCGUUUCCUUCCUUUUAAGAAGAAAUGCUAAUGUCAACCUCAAAAACCAGAAAGAGAGAACCUGCUUGCAUUAUGCUGUGAAGAAAAAGUUUACCUUCAUUGAUUAUCUACUAAUUAUCCUCUUAAUGCCUGUUCUGCUUAUUGGGUAUUUCCUCAUGGUAUCAAAGACAAAGCAGAAUGAGGCUCUUGUACGAAUGCUACUUGAUGCUGGUGUCGAAGUUAAUGCUACAGAUUGUUAUGGCUGUACUGCGUUACAUUAUGCCUGUGAGAUGAAAAACCAGUCUCUUAUCCCUCUGCUCUUGGAAGCCCGUGCAGACCCCACAAUAAAGAAUAAGCAUGGUGAGAGCUCACUGGAUAUUGCACGGAGAUUAAAAUUUUCCCAGAUUGAAUUAAUGCUAAGGAAAGCAUGGUAAUCCUUGUGACCACACCGAUGGAGAUACAGAAAAAGUUAAAGACUGGAUUCUAUCUUCAUUUUAGAUUGUUGGUCUGUGGGCCACUUAACCUGGAUGCUACCAUUUUAUGGGGAAAAUGAUGCUUACCAUGGUUAAUGUUUUGGAAGAGCUUUUUAUUUAUAGCAUUGUUUACUCAGUCAAGUUCACCGUGGCCAUAAUCCUUCUAAGGGAAACACUAAAGUUGUGGUCUGCACUUCAGUCAGAAACUGAUGUUUCAGCUAGGCACAGUGGUACAUGCCUGUAGCCCCAGCUACUCGGGAGGCUGAGGUGAACUCAGCAGUUUGAGAACAGCCAGGGCAGCACAGCAAGACCCUCUCUCAAAAAAAAAAAAAAAAAAAAAAAAAAGCCGUGGUGUUCCAAACUCAGUCUUUCCUGAAGAAGAGGAUCAGCGUUAUCUUCUGAAACAGCGUUCUCUCUUCCCAGUUGCAUCACUCUUAUAAAAAGGCUGUCCAGUCUAUGUCAUGCCCUAGGAGACAAACUGUUCCUCCCAGCCCCCUUUGAGUACUGAGCAGAAGAAUCAAAUUAUUAAAUAUAUAUGUUUGUAUAGAAUGGUAUGUGUAUGUGUGUGGGCUUAGAGAUUCAUGUGUAAAUAUUCCUUUGAUGAAGCAAUUUCAAUAAAAACAUCUAUCAAGUAUCAGUGGUGAGUGUGUUUACACCACAGAAACUGGCAAAUUGACAAAUCAGAGUUUUUGUUUGUUUGUUUGUUUGUUUUUGCUUUCCAUAAAGUUCGUUUACCAGCAUACCACUAGAGAUUUCGGUUUACAAAUAAAAGCCAUCUUGGUUUGAGCAAGACUGUGCAACUAUCUAUGCAAAUGUUCAUUUAAAAAAAUCUUCAUGAUCCUUUUGUAAAUACAAGGUGGUUACCAAGCUUGUUAGUUUUGUCUCUUUUAUUGAUAAAUGUAAAAUAUUAUUGUAACUUAUUUGGAUAAAGUUCUUCAAAAGAAACAGAGCUAUAUAAUGAGGUAGGAUCUGGAUUAUUUGUCUAAGUAAGAGAUUGUGAAUAUCAAAAUGUCUGUCCCACUUCUUCUGUGAAUGAGACAGAGUAGAAAUAAACUCACUUAAAAAUACGAUUGAAUUUUGAAAAUCAAGACUGUAUCUCACAUAGCUGCAGACAGGGACUAAGCCAGCUUCUCUGUAUGUGGUAACAAGUACAGUCUAAGAAUGAAAGAUUUACUAUCCUUGAAAGCUCUAAUGAAAAUUGAAUCCAGCAAUAUAUAUUGAACUGUGUACAGGGCUUUAAGAAACUUAUUUUAUGAAGGAAGUAGUAGUGUGUAGAUAUAGAUUCUGAAGUCUUUAAAUGUGUCUUAAUAAAUUAAGAUUCACUGGCAUUGAGCUGAGCUACCACGUGACCCUUGGGGACAAAAAAAAACCACACAAGUGAAUUUUACACACCAGUAUACCUUCAACAAUAUACUUUUGACACACACAAACCUUUGAUUUUGUUUCAGAGAUUCUGCAAAAUACUACCAAUGUUAUUUACAACUGUCAUCUUUGAAAUUGUGUAAAAGUGGAAUAAUUUUCUGAAGAAAUAAAUUGUGGUUUGUGAAUGA